AUGAUGAUCUACUUGCUUGUCGUGCUAUACAUCAUUUACUUGAGGCUUAGUGCCCCGACGUCAGGGUCAAUCCGACGUCGGGCUCGGGAGCGACGUCGUGCUGAGCAGACAAGAGCGGAAGGCGAGCGCAUAGCACGCGAAAAGCGGGAGCGAAGAGCACGGGAAAAGCUUGAACAACAGAGGAAGGCUCGUGAAGAACUGGCGACCUACCAGCCGUGGGGACGCGCGGGCGGCGGCGCUCCCAACCCUCGAGGAGUACGAUUUACUAAUCUCCGAGACAAAGGGAUCUUUCCUGAAGACGAAUUAAGGAAUAUUUCGAAAAUGUACCUACUCAGCACGCCAUGGAAGGACCAUGGGGCAAACCAGGGCCUGGUGGCACAAUAUGGAGGAACCCCCGAAACAUUGGAUUAA